CCAACCAAACCACUUGUGGGGAGAAUGGCGGAUGAAGAGCAACACCUUCUUAAGUGCCAAUCCUACCAAAUCCCCGCUCCUCACUCCUCAACCUCGCUGGCCAAUUCAGGCAGCCGGAAAACCUCCAACAACUUAUUUUCUGGUUUUCAGGCGUGGUUUUCCGAUCACUGGCAGAAAUUAAGUGAUCCAAAGAUGGCGGGAGGAGUCUUUGCAGUGGAAGCAAGCCCGACGGCUGCGGGAUCCGGUGGGAAGAUAACGGUGGCGGUGUUUUUUACGUGCCUCAUGGCGGCAACUGGAGGUCUGAUCUUCGGCUAUGACAUCGGAAUUUCAGGAGGCGUUACAACAAUGGAGUCAUUCUUGAAGAAAUUCUUUCCAAGCGUUUUCAGGAAUAUGGCAUCAGCCAAACAGAAUGUAUACUGUGUUUAUGAUAGCCAACUCCUCACUUCCUUCACGUCUUCACUCUACAUUGCUGGUUUGGUGGCCUCACUUGGGGCCGGGAAGGUGACUCGAGCCAUGGGCCGCCGCGCAAGCAUGCUACUAGGGGGCUGCACUUUCUUGGCCGGAGCUGCCAUCAAUGGCGUGGCCGUGAACAUUGUUAUGCUUAUCUUGGGUCGAAUCUUGUUGGGUUUCGGGGUCGGCUUCACCAACCAGGCCACCCCAGUGUACUUAUCAGAGAUGGCACCACCAAAGUGGCGUGGCGCCUUCAACAGUGGCUUCCAAUUCUUCAUCGGCAUCGGUGUCGUGACCGCGAACCUGAUUAACUAUGGGACAGCCAGAAUCCACACCUGGGGCUGGCGUCUGUCCCUUGGCCUGGCUGCUGUACCGGCCCUCAUCAUGACUGUCGCUGCCCUCUUCCUUCCCGACACUCCUAGUAGCCUCAUACAACGAGGCCACACUGAGCUUGCCAAAGAGACCCUUCGACGAGCAAGGGGAUCCAGUGCUGAUCUCGAUGCCGAGUUUGAAGAGUUUGCUAGAGCGUGCCAAGCCUCAAAAGUUGUUACAUCACCUUAUCAAAUGAUAUUAAGGCGUCGUUAUAGACCGCACUUGGUCAUGUCUGUUGCAAUUCCUUUCUUUCAGCAGAUGACUGGAAUAAAUGUGAUUGCAUUCUAUUCGCCGAUCCUUUUCCAAACCGUUGGGUUCGGGAAGGACUCGUCUCUGAUGGCGGCAGUUAUACUGGGUUUGGUUAACUUGGCUUCCAUUCUUGUGUCGACCUAUGUUGUCGACCGGUAUGGCCGGAGGAUUCUGUUCCUUGCUGGGGGCGCACAGAUGAUCAUUUGCCAAAAUAUUUUUCUCCUUUUCCUUCUCAUGGUGCCCACAAAACAAGGUAGCAGUGGCAUGCGUGCUAGCAGCAAAGAUUGGAGCCUCCGGCGACAUGCCACUCACAAAGGGUGAUUCACUGGCCGUAUUGAUUCUCAUGUGCAUUUAUGCGGCUGGGUUUGGGUGGUCAUGGGGACCACUUAGUUGGCUAGUGCCGAGCGAGAUCUUCCCCUUAGAGAUCCGGCCAGCUGGCCAAAGCAUAAGUGUGGCCAUCAACUUUGUGACAACUUUUGUGCUUGCCCAAACCUUCUUGGCAAUGCUUUGCCAUUUCAAGUAUGGCAGUUUCUUGUUCUACGCAGGAUGGAUUGCCUUGAUGACUGCAUUUGUCGCCUUAUUCCUACCAGAAACUAAGGGGAUCCCACUUGAUGCCAUGAAUGGUGUGUGGAAACGACACUGGUAUUGGGGAAGGUUUCUAGCUGAUGAUGAUUCUAAUUUGUAGACAAUCUGUGAAAUAUUUUGGCACUCUCUCUCAUUCAUUAUCUUUUUCGUAGCUGAUGAUAAUUCGAAUUUGUAGACGAUCUGUGAAAUAUUAUGCCACUUUCUCUCCCAUUUGUCA